AUGGGACAGAUGUACGGGAUAGGAGAGAGCUGGAUAACCAGUGACUGUUACCAGUGUGUCUGCAUGGAGCCUUUUGGAGUAGGAUGCUGUGACCACGGACCUCAACCUGUGGACUAUCCAGACUGGUGUGAGGUCAUCCGUAAACCUGACUCAUGUCACCUGGUUUUGGACCUGAACCACAUGCUGCGCCCGGCCAAAUCUCCGGAGAAAUGUGACCUUCAGCUUCUUCAGCAGGCGGGGGGGAAGCUGGUGUCUCUGUUCGAGCAGAAGACUUGUGCUGCGGUUGUGUUGAACAGAUUCUACCUGCCCAAGAGGUUCUCCGACUGCAACGUGGAGGAGUACUAUAACUUUUUGAACAGCGGUGGAGGAGCCUGCCUGUUCAACAAACCUCUGAAGCUGCUGGACCCUCCUAUUUGUGGAAAUGGCUUUGUGGAGCCGGGAGAGGAGUGUGACUGUGGCAGCCCGGCGGAGUGUGCCAUAGAGGGGGAGGCCUGCUGUGACAAGUGCACCCUGACCCAAGGCUCCAAGUGCAGCAACGGACUCUGCUGCGACAGCUGCCAGAUGGAGCUCGCGGGAGUCGUGUGCAGAGAUGCAGUGAACGACUGUGACAUCCCAGAAAACUGCACAGGCAACUCCAGCCAGUGUCCAGCUAAUGUGCACAAGAUGGAUGGCUACACGUGUGAAAAGGACCAGGGUCGCUGCUUCAAUGGAAGAUGCAAAACCAAAGACAGACAGUGCAAGUACAUCUGGGGAGAGAAGGCAACAGCGGCCGAUAAGUUCUGUUACGAGAAGCUGAACAUCGAGGGGACAGAGAAGGGAAACUGUGGGAAGGACAAGGACACCUGGAUCCAGUGUAACAAACAGGAUGUUCAUUGUGGGUAUCUGCUGUGCUCCAACAUCUCCCCCUCCCCGCGACUUGGAGAGAUGCAGGGAGGACUCACCUCCUUCUCAGUGGCCCGGCACAGUGCUUCUCUUGACUGCAGCGGGGCUCACGUGGUGAUCGACGGAGACACUGACCUGGGAUACGUCGAGGACGGGACGGCCUGUGGGACCGACCACAUCUGCUUCAAUCACAAAUGUAUCCAGAUCCAACAGUUCAACUUCAGCACCUGUCCCGGGUCCACUGACAAGAUGGUCUGCUCCGGACACGGGGUGUGCAGCAGUGAACUGAAGUGUGUGUGUAACCUGGGCUGGGCGGGGGAGGACUGUAACUCCACGUCUCCUCUCAGCUAUCCAGUGGUCGGACCCACCGCCCCAGAUUCUGGUUACACCAGUGCCAACAUCAUCAUCGGGGCCAUCGCCGGCUCCAUCCUCUUCCUCGCCCUCAUCCUGGCUGCUACAGCCUGGGGUUACAAGAGCUACAAGCAGAGACGCUAUGAAGAAUCUGAAGUUCACCGAAGAUUCUGCCGGCAAAUGCCCCCAGGUGACUAUGUAACAAAGCCUGGGGAUGCAGACUCAUUUUACAGUGACAUGCCUCCGGGGGUCAGCACUAACUCCGGCUGCAGCUCCAAGAAGAGGUCAGCCUGCCGUCAGAUUUGCUCCCUGUCCUUCACUCCCUCCAUCCCAUCCAUUUCUCAGAACAUCUCAGUGUUUGGCUUCAGAUCUAAUGGCCUAUCACACUCGUGGAGCGAGAGAAUCCCAGAUGCCAAACACAUCUCUGACAUCUGUGAAAAUGGGCGACCGAGAAGCAACUCAUGGCAAGGAAAUCUGAGUGGGAAUCGUAAGAAACUGAAAGGAAAGAAGUUCCGUGCUCGCUCCAACUCCACAGAGACGCUGUCCCCUGCCAAGUCUCCCACUUCCUCUACAGGAUCUAUUGCAUCCAGCAGGAGAUACCCUUACCCCAUGCCCCCCCUCCCCGAUGACAAGAGGAAAGCCAACAGGCAGAGUGCCAGGCUGUGGGAGACAUCGAUAUAACCGCCUUCUUACCCGCUCUGCAAAAGAUCUUAAGGAAUUACACUUGUGUCUCCUUUUCUAUGAAUGAAAAACACAAAAACAAAACAAAAUUGACUCUAAACGAUUUAAGAGAAAUGGAGAGAAAGCCCCCCACUGGAGUGGAAAUAGGCAAAGGUGUGUGUGAGUGAGUGUGUACAAGCAUCUCCGAGGCUUUUCUUGCCACACGGCGUCAUUCAGCGGGUGACCAUGCGGAUUGCCGGCGGAGAAACCAGCUCCACAUCCACUCCAGAUCAGCUGGAGCUCAGACUGAGCUGUUCCUGUCUGCUCAGGCCUCAUUUAUGGGGCUGGAACCCCCCCCACCCCGACCCCCAACCUUACCUUACACCUCACACAACCUCUUUACAUCCCCUCUCGUCACUUCAACGCCCCUUCCCCGUGUUUUGAGCUCCUCUCUAAAAGGAGCAGUGGAGCCAGGAGCAGGUCAUCGUAUCACUCUGCACCUCUGGAUCAUUCUGACGCACGUGAAUCACUGUAGAAACUCCAACACUGUAUGCAUGAGACAACCCUGUUUAUUACAACCUCCUCCUACUGAAGACACGAGAAGAACCCAAGUCUGAUCUGAGAGGAAAGCAUGCGAGGGGGCAGUGAUUUUAAUACUUUCUGUAGGCUUAGGCACUUUCUCUCCACUAUAGGUAACCCAUAUAGUAUCACCAGUUAUAGCCCAUAAGCCCCUGACCCCACCCUGCUCCUCCUGCCCCUCGGUUUGUUCGUGCUGUGUACAUAUGUACAGUGAAAAUACACACAGAGUAUGUUUUUUGCUUUUAUUUUGACAAUAGAGUCGUCUCUUCCUGCUGUAUUGUGUUGUAGACAGAAGCGGAUUCUCUGUAGAAAAGCGUAAGACACCCCCCGCGCCCGUUCUUCUGUCUGUGUUUCUAUUUUUCGUCCUCUUAUUUUUCACUCCUCUGGCUUUUUUCUGUGUGAUUGUGGCCUCUAUAGCUUUCUCCAUCCACAGCAGAAUGUAAAGGUGUUUUUUUUACAUUAUCUUAGCACUGGUUUUUAUUCAUCUCUGGGAGAAAUACACAAACAUCCAGUAAUAACUGAGGAUUAUUUGAGUGGAUUGUGGCACUUUAAGAGUGUUGAUGAGUAUUAUUUAGGAAGAAUUCAAUAGUUUUAUGUGCCAUUCCUGAGUGAAAUGAAUGGGAUGUGUUUGGUGUAGUUAUAGGCGUGCCAAUUUUCACUCAUUUUUGGAAAUUCACCAUUGAUAAUGUUAAGAUGUGUUUAGUUCCCUAAAUUCUACAUUUGGAGCUUUUUGAGGCCAACGUGCUCCUUUUUCUACAAUAGGCAGCACACGAGGUGGCUCAGAUGAGAUGUGAGAAUAACAUGAGUGCGGAUGAUGACCUGAUUAAGACAAGGAAUCUGGAAACUGUGAUCGAAAUGUGCAUUUUGGAUUUAGCUGUAUUGAUUGAGAUAUUUAGCCUUGUAAAUGAUUAACUAUGCUGUACAGUGCUUGCUAUUUGAGCUUGUGAAGACCGACAGCAUGACAGUUCUAUAAUCAAAUUAAGUUAUUUCUCUGGUAGGCUAUUUGUGAGACCAUAACGGUAAACAAGCAUGUCACUGAAGGACUUUUUUUUCCAUCAUUGCCUUUUUGCUGUUGUCCAAAUGGGUUUUCGUACUGUAAGCAAAUUCAGGACAAUUCAUGGCAGAAAGUCGCAGGGUCUAAACAUUAUUGAGAAUGGAGGACACAGUUUUUGUGCUGAUUUAACGCCAGUGCAGCUAUUUAAGGUGGACUUUGGAAAUGUAUCACUCCCCAAAAGCAAGUUCUUUGUACAGUUACGACUUAUUGUUCUACCUUGUGUAGAAAUGGUCGUCUCAAGGCCUCCUGUUCGUCAUUUUACCGUCGUUAGUUUUUGUUCAGGUGUGGGCACUUGGUCAUUUGUAAUUCAUGUAUGCAUUAGGACUGUAUAGGUAAUACGAUCUUCACAAUAUUGGAA